CAAAUAUCGAAAAAAUCUCGCUUACAAUUCUUGCCAAACGAUAAAUUUCCACCAAAAGGAAUGAAUGAAAAACGUUAUAUUGAAUUACUAAUGGGACAAGGUUGUCAAAUUUGUAUGUUCAGUAAGAAUUGUAAGGUUUUUUGGGAAUUUGGCAUUAGGUGUUGUUUAAAUUGUUUCAAAGAUAAGACCUUGAAGGUUGAUUUAAUUAAAUCGUAUUUAAGUCAAUAUCCACAUGAAAUACUUGAUAUCAUUCCAUAUUUUAAAGGGUUGGAGAUGAAAUAUUAUUGGAUGGGACAAUUAUCAUUUGAACUUUAUCAAUACUUAUUAUCAUUUUCGAAAAAUGAUUUAACGAAUUUGCAUUAUUGGUUAGAUUAUAAAAAAAAUAUGUUUGAUUCGGUAAUGGAAUAUGCUGAAUUACCACAUUCUUCACUUUAUUUUUUAUAUUUUUAUUUACAUUUACACUCUAAGCGUUUAAUUGCUUCAAAUAUUACUGAGUAUCUAUCUUGUUCAGAAGAUGGGUUAAAUACAAAAAUUAUUUCUCAUUAUGACAAUUCUAAAAAGACUGAAAAGCAAAAAAAAGAUUUUAGAAAGCAUGAUAAAUAUCAAAAAGGACAAAAUAUGUUGUGA